UCUCUCUUUCUUUCUUUUAUUUUCAGUUUCUGCUUCAAUGCAACUUCAUUAUGUUCGGUGACACAGCAUCGCUCUGAACAUAGCAACCGCUACCCCUCUCUCUCUUCAAAGACUGUUUUCAAAACAGAAACAUUUUCCACUUUGCAAAAUAGCUCACACUUCUAUUGCCUGAUAUCGCAAUGCAGACGAGGACGGUUCAUGUGCAGCAAGUUUCAAAUCUAGCUGGUGAGAGAGAGAUUCACGAGUUCUUCUCGUUUACUGGAGAAAUCGAGCACAUUGAGAUCCUGAGUGAAUAUGGGAAAUCAAAGACUGCAUUUGUGACAUUUAAAGAUCCCAAAGCGCUUGAAAUUGCAUUAUUGUUAUCGGGAGCAACAAUAGUAGACCAGAUUGUGAUUAUAACUCCAGCUGAGAACUAUGUACCAAAUCCUGAGAUGCAGGAAGUAAGGGUGGUAGAAAAUGCUAUAAAUGGUGCUCCUUCUGAAAACAUCUCCUUGAAUAUUGAGGAGGAGAAAGCCAGCCCCCCCAAUGGAAGAAUAUACCUUAGUAGAGCACAAGAUGUAGUUACAAGUGUGCUGGCUAAAGGUUCAGCAAUAAGGCAAGAUGCAAUGAGCAAAGCUAAAGCAUUUGAUGAAAAGCAUCAGUUGACUGCUAAUGCAUCUGCAAGGGUCAUUUCUUUUGACAAGAGAGUUGGACUGACAGAGAAAUUGACAGUUGGGAUUUCUGUAGUGAAUGAGAAAGUAAAAUCUGUGGAUCAGAGGCUUCAUGUUUCAGAUAAAACAAUGGCAGCAAUUAUUGCAGCUGAGAGGAAGUUGAAUGAUACUGGAUCAGCUGUCAAAACAAGCAGAUAUGUGACUGCUGGAACAGCAUGGUUUAAUGGUGCUUUUAGCAAGGUGGCAAAAGCUGGACAUGUUGCUAGUACUAAAACUAGAGAAAAGUUUCAUUUGGCUGUUUCAAACUUGACAGCAAAGGAACCAUCAGUGGCUGCUGCAUAGGCCAGAAUUUUGGUAAUCAUAGUAACUUCAUCAGGUCUCUAUGAAGAUCACUUUCAGAGCAUGUUGUGUGUUAAACAAACAAUUUGGUCUUUCAGAGCAACAUUGGCAAGUAUGGUGAUUCAAUUCAAUCCAAUUUUUUUGUAUUCUUUUGUCACUCUGGCGUUUUAGCUGUUGCUUCUAUGCAAUUUAGCAUUGGUAAUUUUGGCUUUUUCUUUCUUUUUUGUGAAAAGGAGAGUAUAGGUGUGAUGCAACUGUAUUUCUUUUUUCAAAGUUCAAAAAACUUAGCUAGCGUGCAUGCAAGACUUUCUUCUUGUUCUGUUAUUGUCAUCAACGUUUCAAAGAUUUAUGUGGGAAAUUAUA